CGCGGGCGGACGCGGCGGCGGAGGAUGAGCCUGCAGGGCGCGCAGUGUCUCCGGCCACAGCAGAGAGCUGGAUUGGAAGAGGAGCAUCCAGGACUAGAACUGGUACUCACACGGGAUGCGGCACUUCAGAAUGAGGGUAAUUGUCCUGGACUGUUGGGAGGAGAAAUAAUGACUGUUGAUGAUGAUAAUAACAAUGUGGCGAACGUGUGUGGAGGGCUUACUUGCCAAGGAGCACUCCUAAUGACUUGUGUUACUUCAUUUAAUCCUCAGACAUCUCAGUGAGAGUGUCUUAAAGCAUUCUACCUUGUGAGAUUGGAUGUUCUGGCAGAUAGUCAUUGUGGGAGAAAACGUUUCAUGUAAGUCCCAGAUGAGGACCGAAAACUUGAAGUCAGAGGAGCGUCUGAAAUCGAGUACUAUUAGGCAGGCCGAAGUGCUGAAGGCUGACAUGACAGGUACUGGAUUGUGUCUCUCGGCUGAUCCCAUGUCGUCAGAUUCUAAGCUGGGGCCGGCGGAGGUCUGGACUUCCAGGCAGGCUCUGCAAGACCUCUACCAGAAAAUGCUGGUUUCUGAUUUGGAGUACGCUUUAGACAAGAAAGUAGAGCAGGAUCUCUGGAAUCAUGCCUUUAAGAAUCAGAUCACAACACUACAAGGCCAGGCAAAGAACCGAGCAAACCCGAAUCGGAGUGAAGUGCAGGCAAACCUUUCCCUGUUCCUAGAGGCAGCUAGUGGCUUCUACACGCAGUUGUUACAAGAACUGUGUACAGUGUUCAAUGUAGAUUUACCGUGUCGUGUGAAGUCUUCCCAACUGGGAAUUAUCAGCAAUAAACAGACACAUACGAGCGCCAUAGUGAAGCCGCAGUCCAGUUCCUGUUCCUACAUCUGCCAGCACUGCCUCGUCCACCUUGGAGACAUCGCUCGCUACAGAAACCAGACCAGCCAGGCAGAAUCCUACUACAGACAUGCGGCUCAGCUUGUCCCCUCCAACGGUCAGCCUUACAACCAGUUGGCCAUCCUGGCUUCUUCCAAAGGAGACCACCUGACCACCAUUUUCUACUACUGCAGAAGCAUCGCUGUGAAGUUCCCUUUCCCAGCCGCCUCCACUAACCUACAAAAAGCACUUUCUAAAGCACUGGAAAGCCGGGAUGAGGUGAAAACCAAAUGGGGUGUUUCUGACUUCAUCAAGGCCUUCAUUAAAUUCCACGGGCAUGUGUACCUGAGCAAGAGCCUGGAGAAGUUGAGCCCUCUUCGAGAGAAGUUGGAAGAACAGUUCAAGAGGCUGCUGUUCCAGAAGGCCUUCAACUCGCAGCAGCUGGUGCACGUCACCGUCAUUAACCUGUUCCAGCUGCACCACCUCCGUGACUUCAGCAGCGAAACCGAGCAGCCCAGUUACAGCCCCGACGAGCAGCUCUGUUGGACUCAGUUGCUGGCCCUCUUCAUGUCUUUCCUGGGCGUCCUGUGCAAGUGUCCUCUCCAGGCUGAGUCUCAGGAGGAGCCCAGCAGCGCCUUCCCCCUCCCUGCGGUCAAGGUCUCCAUGGACUGGCUGCGGCUCAGGCCCCGUGUCUUCCAGGAGGCGGUGGUGGACGAGAGGCAGUACAUUUGGCCCUGGCUGAUUUCUCUUCUAAAUAGUUUCCACCCCCAUGAAGAGGAUCUCUCCAGCACUAACGCCACCCCACUUCCAGAGGAGUUUGAGCUUCAAGGAUUUUUGGCCUUGAGACCUUCUUUCAGGAACUUGGAUUUUUCCAAAGGCCACCAGGGUAUCACUGGAGACAAAGAGGGGCAGCAGCAACGGAUACGGCAGCAGCGCUUGAUCUCCAUAGGCAAGUGGAUCGCCGACAAUCAGCCAAGGCUGAUUCAGUGUGAAAAUGAGGUAGGGAAAUUGUUGUUUAUCACAGAAAUCCCAGAGUUAAUACUGGAAGAUCCCAGUGAAGCCAAAGAGAACCUCAUUGUGCAAGACACGUCCGUGGUAGAGGCGUUGGCUGCCGACGGGAGCCCAGGGCUGAAAUCAAUGCUGUCUACAGGCCGUGGUGACGCGGGAGAGAAACCAGCGGUCACCUUCAAAGAGAGCGCGAAGCCACGAGAAGUGACCAGAGACCCAGUCAGAAGUUUCCCUCCCAAAGAGGUGAAAUCCCAGACAGAACUGAGAAAGACCCCCGUGUCUGAAGCCAGGAAGACCCCUGUCACACAGACCCCGAGCCAAGCAGGCGCCUCCCAGUUCAUCCCCAUUCACCACCCUGGAGCCUUCCCCCCGCUCCCCAGCCGGCCAGGGUUCCCGCCCCCAACCUAUGUUAUCCCCCCUCCUGUGGCAUUUUCUCUGGGCUCAGGUUACACCUUCCCAGCUGGUGUCUCUGUCCCAGGAACCUUUGUGCAGUCCGCAGCUCACGCUCCAGCAGGAAGCCAGGUGCAAGCUGGGAAACAGUCCCACAUUCCUUACAGCCAGCAGCGGCCCUCCGGGCCAGGGCCAGUGAGCCAGGGCCCUCAGCAGUCACAGCCGCCUUCCCAGCAGCCCCUGGCUCAGCCAACAGCACAGUCCACAAGCCAGGUGCAAGCUCCAGCCCCAGCUCAGCAACAGCAGUCCCCCACAGACGCCGGGCCGGCUCUGGGGAAGAGCUCGCCUCCCCACUCUGGAUUCCAGCAGUAUCAACAUGCAGACGCCUCCACACAGCUGUGGAAUCCCCCUCAGGUCCAAGGCCCUCUAGGGAAAACCCUGCCUGUGAAACAGCCCUACUACCUUCAGACCCAAGACCCCGGGAAGCUCUUUGAGCCGUCACUGCAACCUCCGGUGAUGCAGCAGCCGCCUCUCGAGAAAAAAAUGAAGCCUUUUCCCCUGGAGCCAUAUAACCACAACCCCUCAGAAGUCAAAGUCCCGGAGCUCUACUGGGACUCUGCCUACAGCAUGGCAGACAGCCGCGCCGUCAUGCCACAGCCAGCAACCGUGGACCGCAGGGGCAAGCGGCCACCAGGAGUCUUCCGUCCAGAGCAGGAUCCCGUGCCCAGGAUGCCCUUUGAGAAAUCCUUGUUGGAGAAGCCGUCGGAGCUCAUGUCGCACUCGUCCUCCUUCCUGUCUCUCACCGGGUUCUCUCUCAGUCAGGAAAGGCACCCGAGCAGCAGUGUGUUCAACGAGGUGUACGGGAAGAACCUGGCGGCCAGCUCCAAAGCAGAGCUGGGCCCCUCCCUGGCCCCCCAGGAGACGUCGCUCUACUCCCUGUUUGAGGGGACCCCGUGGUCUCCGUCACUUCCUGCCAGUUCAGAUCACUCGACACCAGCCAGCCAGUCUCCUCACUCCUCCAACCCGAGCAGCCUGCCCAGCUCUCCUCCCACACACAACCACAGCUCCAUCCCCUUCUCCAAUUUUGGACCCAUCGGGACUCCAGAUAACAGGGACAGGAGGACUGGAGACCGGUGGAAAACGGACAAGCCAGCCAUGGGUGGGUUUGGCAUCGAUUACCUCUCGGCAGCACCAUCCUCUGAGAGCAGCUGGCAUCAGGCGAGCACGCCCGCCGGCUCCUGGGCAGGCCACGGCCCCUCCGUGGAGGAUUCCUCUGCGGUCCUCAUGGAAAGCCUGAAGUCCAUCUGGUCCAGCUCCAUGACGCGCCCCGGACCUUCCGCACUGGAGCAGCUCUUCAUGCAGCAGCAGCAGCAGCAGCGGGGCCGAGGCGCCGUGAACCCUCCACACUGAGGCCCGAGCGCAGCCCUGCGCAUGGAGGCUCCGCGAAGCCGGCCUGCCGGGCUCGCAGGCCUGGCGCUCAGCCCGGCGGUGGCAGCCCUCUGCCAUUCCUUGCUGUCGAGGGUGUAAGUGUGCCACCAGCCCGCUGGGUGUGCACGGAACGUCCGCAGUGCAACGGAAAGAAAACCCACCGGGAGCUCUCCGCCCCGGGCCCGUUGGUCCCGUUCGGUCACGGGUGUCGGCGCCUCCACCUCCGUCACGCAUGUCCCCAGCCACGUGGGAAGCGGAGGCUGAGAAGCCGCGGGAACGUCUCGGUCCCUCCUGAUCUUGGGGAUUAAACGGGAGUCCGUCUGGCUGCUCUGCUGACAGUGCGGUGGGCGGCUCUCCCAAACAGCCUCGCCGCAUCACUGCUCUCACUGACGUGCUGACAGGAAGCCCCGCCCCUCACUGCCCUGUGGGAGGCGGGUGGCCACAGGGCGAGCCUCGGCCUCUUCAGCCAGUGGCGGUGUGCGCGAGGCCUCGGGCGGCCCGGCCGGCCCUCCCCUGGCCCGGGGCCCCAGCGGAACGUGGGGGCGUGAGCCCCGGCGAGGACGCGCGGGGGUGGUGGUGCCGGGCUGGACUGGCAGCCGAUGUCUUUCCCUGCUGCGCCCACGGUGGGCAGCAGACGGGCCCGCGGGAGGCCGCCAGUCCGCUCCGGCCCCACGUGUCUGAACAGGGAGCAGCGUUCGGUUGGAUGAUUUCUGCCCCGACUGCCCGGUCGCCCCCUCCCCGCCCUGUGCUGUGUGCUACUAACUGUCUCUAUUCCCGACGUGCGCGACGGCUGGCCAAGCGGCAGCAGCGUGGGCUUCGGCGCGGGGCCCGGAGGCGGCCGAAGACGCGGGGCGUCCGCUUGAGCGUGGACUCGGAGACGGCACGGACACGCGCCCGGCGGCGGAACGGGGAGAGCGGGAGAUGGACUUUGACUUGCUAUUUAUUAGGCGCGAGGACUGAGUGCGCGUGUGCAGACGGCAGGCGGCGCCCGUCCUUCCUGAGGGGUCCGAGGGGAAUGAUGGAGACAAUGGAGAUGUCCGCUGCUGUGCUGCUGGCGGGGCCGUGCGGGGCGAGGGCGCGCUCCUCUCAGGGGCCGGAGUCCCGGGCGCUUCUAUUACUGCUUCGUUUGCCGUGGUGUUUGGGGUUUUGUUUUGUUUUUGUUUUUUUUGGCAAGGCCUGAAAGGGUGAAGCCCCCACCCGGUGGCACCCUGAGCCCCUUUGUGCUUCUCCCAGCCUUGCCUGGCCCUGCCCGGCGUGUGCGCACUGUGUGGCAGGCGGCUGCGGCACGCUGGGGCAGGAGCUGGCGCCGAGUACCCCCCAGCCCGGCCCCCGUGCCGACUCGGGGCGCACGGCUUUGCCUUCGCUGUGGAGAGAUGGGGGAGCAGUCGGCCUCGGAAACCGGCUUGUGUAGGAAACUGUGUUGGGGUUUUGGUUGGUUUGGGGGUUUUUGAGUUUGUUGGUUUUUUUCUUGUCUGUCUGUGCAAGACCUGCAGCUGCUGAAAUCAGCUUUGCCUUUAAUUAAACCAUGUUCUCUCCAACCAC